AAACUUCACCCCUGAAGUACUGAAACACUCCUAGAAGGAAUCCCUGAAGCAACAGGACAGAUCAAUGCUCAGUGGCCUAAAUUUUGAAAAGUGCUUCUGUUUUCUUCUGUUGGUAUUUUUUGUAAGCAAUGGUGUAGUUCAGGACGUGGAAAAAGUAAAGUUUUUAUCCAUGCUGGAGGAGUGACACUGUUGGAGAAGGAAGCAGGUGGUAAAUGUGUCUGUCUCAGUGUGACUGUGCCAGUCUUCCAGAUAAAGUAAUUUGCCAAACAAGGGUCAUAAAUUAUGUAAUCCAUGGUGUAAGCUAAAGAGUGAAUUACUCCAAAGGAGGAAAAUUGUGUGAAUGAGUAAUGGGGCUGUUUUAAUGGCACAUUGUCCCUGUGAUUCUUGAACAGCUUGGGAGAUACUCGGAAGGUAUUGGAAUGCAGCAAUGUUGUUAUCUUGAACUGAAAGUUUGGAGUAUUUUAGUGAAAAGCUGAAAACAUAUUUUAAAUCCAAAAGAGAGGUCCCACAAAGCCAAUACUUAAAAAGGACAAUCAGGAGGCGCUGGAUUGGGUGGUUUUUAUUUUAAAGUGCAGGAUUCCCAGAAGCCAAGCUCAGCUAUGUGCUGAUGGCAGGCUGCAGCCAAGAAAGGCUGUGAUUGAAGCCAUUCUAGAAGUCAGUGUGUCUUUCUUCCUGCCCCUGAUGUGCUUUUGCUGUGGACCAGAGCCAGAGAACAAACCCCAGUGAAACCCUGGGUUCAGAGGCAAACACCCUUGUUCAAGGUGCAGUGAGUCCUUUGUCCUUUUGUGUACAGACACAGGAGAUGGAUUUUGCUGCAACAGCUGAAAGAAAUUCUCCUGCUGUGACCCGGGAAUAGGUGUAAACUGAGCCUGUCAUGGUUUCAAGCCUUGGUAACCUUUUGUGGGCUCUAUUUGUAGCAGUCCUGACACCAGUGCUUGGGGAAUCCAUAGCUUGUGCUCGGUCUGUGUCACUCUCAGGACUCCUGCAAUGCUGCAGGAGGAGAGACUGGUCUCCACAGCCACCUUGCACCAGAUCUGAGUUAGGAUUAAAGAUCAUGAGCAGUUCCAUCUUCCACCAUUAAUUUUGGUCAGUAACUUUGGUUUACUUAUAUGCCUCUCUUUGAAGAAAUUAAAUGAGCCUGAAUGUUGUUAUAGAAUGAAUAAAUAACUUGGCACUUGAUUGUGCUGAGUUCCAGAAACUCAGACAAUAAGAGGAGGAAAUGGGUGUGCUGUGCAGUACAGAGCUCUCAGCUGUUCAGGUCUGCUGGCUCUGGGUUUAUUUUUAUUUAUUUUUUUAUAUUUAUUUAUUUAUUUUAUUAUUAUUCAGUGCCCAAGUGGGCACCGAAAACAGAAACUGACUCUCAGCCUCUGCAGCCCUUCCUGAGGCCAGGUCCAAACCCUCUGCAACCAGUAAAUGCCACUGAUGUAGCCAAGCCAAGAGUUUGGGGUUUUCAGCCUGCCUCAUUAAAAGAUCUCACCCAAGGAAAAUCUGCCCUUUGCUGUUCUGCAUCCUUGAAUCAAACCUGACAGCUCAGGUAGAGGUGUUUGUUCAUCAGCCAAGGUGAGGCUGCCACUGAGCAGCUGGGAGCUGGAGCCAGAGGGGAAUUCCCUGUCAGCAGCAGAGUGGAGCAUCUGCAGGAACUGCUUCUUCACACUUCUGCCUUACGUCUGAAGAAGGAUCAUGCCAUUUCUUUCACUGAGGUAAAUAUUAAUUUCUUUGUUGUGGUCUGUUGUAAAGCAGUCUUCUGGCAGGACUGAGAAUCUCUUAUCUACUGCUGUAAUAUAUUAUAUUACGUGCUGUUGGGCUUUAGCCAGAGCAGUAUUCGUUCAAGAAUUUGCUAGGCAUUGAUUUUUAGAGAUCACUAUUUAUCCUUUGAAAAGCAAAGGUUAAAGUUUUCCUUUUGCUGUUAAUGUAACUGUGCUUGGCAUGUUUACAUAAGCAGCCAGCUCCUGUCAAAUUAGGAAAUCCACAUUGGGAUUUUAUCAGUUAUGGAUUAGUUUUGAAAGCACUGUGCUAAGAACAAUGCUUGUGCUAACUUCAGCUUCAAUGCAGUCAAACUCCACAAAGUUUGGGUGUAACCUGGGUGGUGUUUGGGGUGACCACAGAGUCAGGAUCUUGUGCAGUGAUUGUUGAGAAUUUUUAAGGACUCUAAAUAAUAAAGAAGAAAGAAGACAGGGGGUGUGAUAAGGUGUGAGUUUCUGUCAUCACUCAUCCUUGCCACAUGGGUAUUUUCUAUUCUUUUCUCAGAAAAAUGAAAAAUGAAUUGGCAAAACUUAAUGGUAUAUGCAUCUAAUUACAGGAUUCCCUCCUUCCCAUCACAUCCAUCUUUGAUGGCUUCAGGACGAUGGCUUUGUCUUUUAAAACAGUGUCUGUUCCAGGAAAUUGUCUGUCCAAGUUUGUUAUCUGUAAAAGGUAACAUAAGCCUAAAAGGAGAAGAGAGAGGCUCCUGACAGAUACCUUAGUGUGUUGAAAUUUAUGUCAUUAAAUGAAUACCUCACAUCUGAUUACAAAAAUUCAGAAACAGCAAGAUUAAUGAGAUAUUUUUAUGGAACUACCUUGUUUCAUAAAGGAAAAUAUGCUGGGUAAGUUAUCAGGAAGUUGUAUCAGUUUUAAGUUAAUUAGUAAUUCUUUAUAGAGAAGGAUGCUGUAAAACAAGCUCAAAAUCCACAAUCCACAGCAGCAGAAAGGGAAGUUCAUUCUGCUGCUGGCAAAGUCUGGAAGAAAAGGCCCAGGAUGUCCUUCCUGAAAGUCCUGCUGUGUGUCCUGGUCCUGGCCAGCCCCUUGCUGAGUGAAGCUUCACAACCCAACUGCAAUGGAGUUGGGGACUUUGAGGCCUGUCUGGAUAAUACAGAUGAAUUCUGUCCUGAAAAUAUUCCUUGCAUGUGUAAAGGUGGAGAACCUUUUUGCAGAUGUGAUUACUUCAGAAUAGGCUGGAAGGAGUACUGGUACAUGGGCCCCAAAUGUAACCACCUUUGGAACACUCUGGAUUUCAUUUUAGUGGCUACUCUUCCUGGAGUGGCACUGGUUCUCAUAGUGGUUGUAAUAUUUUCUGCUGUCUACUGCUUGAAAGUGAAACAACCUGGGAAGCAGCCAAAGUCUGCAGAAAUUCCCAUUGUUCCCCCCAGGAGUCAGCCAAAGCCUCCAUACAGUGGAGGCCAGCAGAACCCUGCAUUCAGCACUGACACAGCUGCCAGCCCGGGGGACGGGCACCAUCAGCCAGCCAGGGAUGCCUGGGCUGGACAAAUUCCAAAACCUGUUCUGAAAAGAGAAGAUUUUAACGAUGCCUCAAUCCCAAAUCAAAGGCAGAAUUACAGUCCUGUGUAUGCUCAGCCUCUAAGGACAGCAGAUCCAGCCUCAGAUUAUUUCCCUCAGUCCCGAGCCCAGCGGGAUGAGUUUGACUAUCCCAGGAAGGAUUUGCCUUAUCCAGUUUAUCCAGAGGCCAGACAGUACCGGAGAUACUAAGAACAAGUGCAUCCUAUAUCAGAAAUGUCUUGGAAUGCUGUGUGAUCACUGGACAAUCCAGGUGCUGAGAGAGCAGUGAGACCCCGGUGGGACACAGGGGAAAUUGCCAUCCUUAUUAGAGAGCACUAAGCUAUUGCAAAGAGAAGGCAUUGAGGACAAUUGUGAAAGAAAACCUCAUGAAUCCCUGAUACUGCAGCACACAAGGGUCUGGCCCUGGCAGUGUGCUACAAACACAGCCGAGGACUUGGCCUCUCUCUGUCCCAAGAUUUACCAAAUACCUACAGACCCAUUCCCUUGUCCCUUUUGUUUUUUGCUUUGCUUCCUUCUGUGUUGAUCCCAACAGCUGGAAUGGUUUGCCUUUAAAACUGUCCUGGCUUGCUUUGUAACUUUUUUUUGUAAAUGAGGAAAAGAUAUGAAGCUAUGGAAGGUUGACUACCUUGCCACUAAGUAACAAAUAAAAGAGACUGAAGAUUGGGAUUUAUUUCCCUUUUUCCAAAAAGUCUGAAGCACGUUACAUUGUGAUUUCUGUUAAAUCAUUUUCCUUAGUAUUAGGCAAUAUGUGAAACUAUAUGACAAACCCAGAAUCUUAAGGAUUUUAGAAAGGGUUUCUUGAUCUUUGGUUUUCCUUCAAUGUAACAAAAAUGCAAAGUGGGCAAAUUUCACUGGGUUUACUUCUACUGCUGCAAAUUCUGUCAGAAAUAAAAGAAGUGAGUGUGGUUCCCUGUCUUAUCUUCAGAAACACACAGAAAUGGGGUUAGCAUAUCUGUUUAGAGCCCAGACUAUCAGUCUAAACCAUCUGACCUCCAAAAUUCAGAUCCAAAGGUGUCAGAGAAUUGUGUCAGUGAAUUGCUUUUUUCUGUAAUUUCUCAGCCUCGGUGGUGCUACAAUGUGACAAACUGUGCUGGUUGUUGACCUCAAUCCAGCUCUGUUGUACUGACCUGAGAGUGACCACAGAAUGUGAGUGUUCAAUUUUAUAUUCCACCACUGCUCCAGAAAGGAGUAGGGGGAACAGACAAGGCAACGCUGUCAAUAUCUGUGGUGCUGGCAAGAGCAGAGCUGGCUGAACUGAGUCUCUCUCACCAUUCCCCCCAGUGUUCAGUUUUGUCAUUACCUUUUCCAGGUAUUUUCCCCUUCAUUCCUUAAUUGCAUUGGGCAGUUAGAAAUUAUUUCAUCAUAAGAAUGUCUGUCUCUUGCUAGAGCUAGACUAAAUCACUGGAAUCUCCUUCCCACUGAAUUUACUUUGGUGUGUGCUGUGUUAUGUAGCUUUACUCUUUAAAACAAAAAAAAAAAGGGGCAGAGGGUCAAAUGUAAGUCUCCAAGCUCUCUGUUAAGGAGGUGAAAGUCUAGGAGGAAGAAUCUCUUGAGAAUUAUAGAAGCUCCACCUCUCUAUUGUCCUGAGGAGCCCAGAACUGGACACAGCACUCCAGCUGUGGUCAGUAGGGUCCCCUGGGGCUGCCCCAUCUCAGGAUGUCCACCGUGGGUCACCCUCCCUGUGCUGGCCCAACUCCCAGACCCCGCGUGGCUCUGCCCUCUGAACCCCCAGACAGGGGCAGCCCCACAGCCCUCAGGUAGCUCUGAGCAAUCCCCUCUCAGCAUCUCAGGGCUCCCAGGGUCACAUUUCCCAGGAACCCACUUCUGCCUUUGCGCUUUACUUGGAAACACAGCUCCGGCUUUGGGUUUCUCUAAGGAAUAGAAGACAUGGAACAGGCACCAAGCAUUGCCCAAGUCCUCCUCUGCUCAGAAUUGUACAGCAGGCUCUCAAUCUUAUGACGAAGAGUAAUGCAAAGUUUCCACUACAAGUUGCUAUGUUUGUUGUAAGAAGGUUCAUGUUUGUGUCCUAACUAGUUUUAUAUAUUAAAAAAACUGGCUCAACUUUGUAUUUACUUGUCACGUUUAAUCAGGUUAGUCGGUUUUUCACGCUGGUAAGAGAUCCACAAAACUGAAACUGUUGCCCGAGCUAUUUAAAUGUUGACUGUUUUAUCCACUGGCCUCACAGGGACGGGUGUGUGGGGGAACUCCCCUCACUGCCCCUCACGGUGCCCGGGCCGGGAGCGGGGUCCCCGCGCGGUCCCCUGGCGGUGCCCGGGGCGGGAGCGGGGUUCCCCCGCGGUCCCCUGGCGGUGCCCCGAGCAGGAGCGGAGGUCCUCCCGCGGUCCCCUCAGGGUGCCCCGAGCAGGAGCGGAGGUCCCCCCGCGGUCCCCUCAGGGUGCCCCGAGCAGGAGCGGAGGUCCCUUGACGGUGCCCGGGGCAGGAGCGGGGUUCCCCGCGGUCCCCUGGCGGUGCCGGG